AAAGCAGCGAGCUGUCGUAGCGCGGGCAACAAGCUAGCUAGCGCUUAGCCUCAAUAUGUAGUAAUUUAUACAGUAGCGCAACAUGUUUUCCGUAUAGCCGAGUAAAUGUAGUAAGAAAAAAGGUGGAUGGUUCGAGGCCGUGUUUUGUGGUUGUGUUGAUCGUAAAGAGGAAGAUGUGCAAUGGUGAUACAGACAGUAUCUCAAGCCUUGUGGGCCCACGCCUCUGCCACCAAACGGUCCGUUCUGCUGCUGCUGACGCUGACCACAGUUUCUACUGGACAAGGGUCGGGAUGUUUGAGGCCCUACAUGGUCCAGAACAGCUGGGUAAACCUCACAGAAACCAACAGAGGCUUGUUUCCUGUGGGCACAGUGCUAAAGUACAGCUGUGACCCUGGUUACAUGCCAGACGGACCCAGUAUCCUGACCUGCACCACGCUGGGACACUGGUCCUCUGAACCUCCCCACUGUAUUCACAAUAGUGCAUGUCCACCUCUGUCCAAACCUGAGAAUGGAGGAUAUACCUGCCACCCGUCCCCCUGUCGAAUGUUUUCCCACGGUACUGUGAUUGAGUUCUACUGUGAUGCAGGCUUUGCUCUUAAUGGAGACUACAACUAUUUGACCUGUCAGGAUGGACAGUGGAACGGCCCAAUGCAGAUCACUUGUGUGAGCCCAGGAUGUACAAGACCCUCUGUGGUGCAGCAUGGCUCAACUAAUCUGACAGACACCAACAGGAGCUUGUUUCCGGUGGGCACAGUACUAGAGUACAGCUGUGAUCCUGGUUACCUGGCAUUGGGACCAAGCGCACUCACUUGUACCACAUCGGGACACUGGUCCUCAGACCCUCCGAAGUGCAUACACAGUGCUGUGUGCCAGCCACCACACCAGCCAGAGAAUGGGGGUUAUACCUGUCAUCCCUCCCCAUACGGAACAUUUUCUCAUGGCACUGUGAUUCAAUACUUUUGUGAUGAAGGCUAUAUUUUAAAAGGAGAGUAUAAAUUCUGUACAUGUCAGUAUGGGAAAUGGGACAACCCAACGCCUGUCAGCUGUGUAAUGCAGCCAGGUUGUAUCAGACCCUCCAUGGUACAGCAUGGCGCAGCUAACUUGACAGACACCAACAGGAACUUGUUGCCAGUGGGCACAGUACUAGAGUACAGCUGUGAUGCUGGUUACCUGAUGGACGGGCCCAGCAGCCUCACAUGCAACACACAGGGACACUGGUCCUCCGAACCUCCUCGCUGCAUACACAGUGAUGUUUGCCAGUCUCCAUAUCUGCCAGAGAAUGGUGGGUACACCUGCCACCCGUCUCCAUGUCGAAGACUUUCUCAUGGCACCGUGAUCGAGUAUUUCUGUGAUGAAGGUUAUAUUCUGAAGGGAGACUAUAAAUAUGUUACCUGUCAGUAUGGGGAAUGGGACAGCCAGAUAAAGCUCAGCUGCCUUCUGGACCAGGACCAUGACUCAAGUUUACCUCUUGGGAUGCCUACCUUGUCCAUAGUGGCAUCCACAGCGAGCUCUGUUGCCCUCAUCUUGCUCCUAGUGGUGCUGUUUGUACUUCUGCAGCCAAAACUCAAAUCCUUCCAUCGUCGUGAUCAGGGUUUGUCAGGCCACCCUGUGUCAAUCAUAGUGGAAGGAGUUCAGGUGACUCUGCCUUCAUAUGAAGAGGCCGUGAGUGGUGGUGGAGCCUCGGCAUCAGCUCUCAGCUCUGAGUCUCGAGUCCAGAUAGUGUUGUCUGAAGGUCAGAAUGCCACAGCUUUAGAGGCUGGGCCCUCAAGAGCUUCUUCACUCAAACAGCAGCAUUCAGAAAUGGCUGUGGUGCAUUCGAUACCUUCGUCCUCAUCUUCGUCAUCACCCUCACCCUCCUCUUCUACCUGGGUUCUGGAGCACAGAGUUGCUGCAGUUUCUUCCUUACAAAGAAGGCCGUCUGCAGGCAGCGACCAACACAGCCUGUCUCUGGACGAGAUGGACGACACUGAUGAUAUGCCACUUCUAAAGCAGACAUGAAACAUGUCCCAGCCUUUGUUUGGACUUGUUGGACUCAAGACAAACAGCGUAGCCACUGUCCUGUACUGGUGAGCAGGACGCCUCCUAGAGGGUUGUAACACAGCCGUUACCACAGACAAACCGAGCUAGAGCAGGUCACUCAGAGCCCUUCCUUCCCAUCAGAGAAGGAUUCACAUGUACAUACAUGCUUUUGUUUUGGGAUUCCUACUCUAUGUAUGUCCAACGCGAAAAGAACAGGCAGAAAAGAACAGAAACUGCACAUCUGCAGUCUGGUUUGGAAGCUAUAAUCUUACCUGUGUUUAAUGUUACUUUUCUUCACCCAUGUAUCAUAUCACAAAAUGUUUAGAUGCAAGUACGCAGGCACAAAUGCAGGCCAGGCAAUAUACAGCAGAUUAUAACACACAGUUUUAAUUAUUAUUUAUCACGGUUGGCAUCAUUCAUCAUGUCACUGUACAUUAUAAGCCUGUUUGUUUCCUUCAAGGGUGUGUUUCUGGAUUCAGGGCAAACAUUUUAAGUCAUCUGUUGUUUCAAGCUUGCAUUGAACUCUUUCAUCCCUUCUUUUAACAUUGCCCCCAAUGGCCUUAGCUUUCCACUUCUAUGCACAGGUACAGUAUUUGUAUUACACUACGUAAAAUAAGGUGUUUGAAAAAUGAAUGUCAGUCAAAUGCCUCCACUUCUCAGUGAUCUGUCAGACACUUUGUCUCCUGUACACAAGAAAAUAUUAUUCUAAUUUAUUCAGGCUGCUUGAAGAGUCUUGUUUUAAGCCUAAACUAGGAAACUACAUUGUGUGUUAUUUAUUUGUGUCCAUUAUGCUGUUGAUCAGCCGUGAAUCUUUUGGAUGAUUCGACAGUAAUUUAAUUCACUUGGCUGAUUUAGUUUUAAUAAUGCUGCAGGCACGUUGUAUGUGAUGCUGUUAACGUGGUAAAGUGUAAUGUUGGUGUAAUGUCAAUGUUCGUUUUGUUCGACCGUUGAGUUUGGGUUUGGACUGAAGAACGGACAAUUUUUAUUGUUCGUGUUGAUGGUCUUUUAAUAUAUGUAUUUAAUAUUUUGAGUUGAAGCUGUAAUGUAAAUACCUUAUGUUCACUUUGAUUAAAUAUUAUUUAAGGUGUUUAAA